GUCCAGCCGUGCGCAUGCGCGGUGGGGGGGGGGGGGGGUGUCUUGCGCAUGCGCUGUGCGCGGCGGCCCCGCGGCCCGGUGUGAGGUCGCGUGAAGAGUCAUGGAGAAGUUUGGCAUGAACUUCGGGGGCGGCCCGAGUAAGAAAGAUCUUCUGGAGACCAUCGAGUCGCAGAAGAAGCAGCUCCUUAAUUACCAGGCGCGGCUGAAGGAUGUGGUGAUCGCCUACAAGAGCCUGAUCAAUGAGAAGGAAGCCUUGGAAGCCAGCCUGAAGGUGUUGUCCGCGUCUCACGAGGCAGAUGUCGGCUUGAGCAGCGCUCAGCCCGCGUCCGUGGCUAGCUCCAGCUCUUCCUUUGCCGAUUCCGCCGAUGACAAGAGCUCGGUUCACAGCGAGGACAGCGUGGGGACAGCUACCAGCGCAGACACAGCCGCCAGUUUGGCCAGUACCAAGGGCGAGCAAGGGGCUGAGGAUGAGAAGCCCGCAGCGGCAGCCUCCUCCCUUAAAUCAGAGGAGACAAACGGUUCGGAGAGCGGCGUCAGCACGAGCAGCGGGGAUGUUCCCCCUGCUGCUGCCGAGGCUGACAAAAGAGUGCUCCAGCUGAAGACCCAGCUGGCCACCCUGACCAGCGCGCUGUCAACAGUCACGCAGGAGAAAUCCCGCAUGGAAGCCUCGUACCAAGCGGACAAGAAGAAGAUGAAGCAGGACCUGGAUGACGCCAUCAAGAAGGCGGAGGACGAGACCGACAAGCUGGAGACGGAGCUGAGGUCUGUCCAGGAGCAGCUGGCCGAGACCAAAGCCCGUCUGAUCACGCAGCAGCACGACCGGGCCCAGGAGCAGAGCGACCACGCCGUCAUGCUGCGGGAGCUGCAGAAGCUGCUGCAGAGCGAGCGGGCGCUGCGCCAGGACGCGGAGCUGAAGCUGGAGGAGACGAGGGAGGCGCUGGCCGGGAGGGUGAGCAUGGCCGACCGAGCGGAGGGCUACGAGCUGCAGAUCAGGCAGCUGAGCCAGGAGGUGGAAGACCUGAAGAGAGAGCUGCAGGCCGUGCAGGAGGAGAGGAAGAAGCCGGACCCCCGGGUGCAGGACCUGCAGGAGGAGAUGGCCAGCCUGAAGAACCACUUCCAGUCGCAGCUGCUGCAGGAGAUGCGGAAGACUGCGCAGGCCGAGGAGCAGCUCCGGCAGCACGCCCAGAUGGAGGAGCAGCGAGUGGCUGACCUGGAGGGGCAGGUGUCCGAGGUGUCGGGACUGCUCGGCACCUACGAGAAGGCCAAGCAGAAGGACCAGCUGGUCAUUCAGAAGCUGAAGGACCGCAUCGUGCAGCUGGACCAGGAGAACAAAACCCUGGCCAUCGCCGCUUCCAGCCGCUCCCCGGUGGAUGUCGGCGUAGAGGAAGCCAACCUGGAUGUGAACGUCCUCAAGGACAAGAUGGAGAAGCUGAAGAAGCUCCUGCAGGCGGCGGCGAAGAGGAGCCAGCCCGCCCUGGACAUCGAGAAGCUGUGCGAGCUGGAGCUGCCGAAGGGCACUGAGGCUGCGGACGGCGAGAAGGCCACCGCUCUGUACUACCAGCAGGAGCUGAAGCAGCUGAAGGAGGAGUUUGAAAGGUACAAGAUGAGGGCGCAGGUGGUUCUCAAGAACAAGUCCGUCAAAGACGUCAACCUGGCUAAAGAACUGGAGGAAGCUCAAGAGCAGCUGGCGGACCUGAAGGAGAAGUACGUCGUGCUCCAGCUGUCCGCGGAGGAGACGGAGAAGCAGCACCAGCUGGACGUGGAGGCCAGGAGGCAGGAGUUGUCCCACCUGCAGCAGCUUCACAGGCAGGAACUGGAGCGCUGCCAGCUGGACUACAGGGAACGGGCGCUGAAGCUGGAGGAGGAGAUGCACAAGCAGCGGGACCGGGCGCUGGCGGUGCUGGCGGAAAAGGACCAAGAGCUGGAGCAGCUGAGAGCCAUCGUGCUGCCUUACGCCGGGCUUCAGGGCUCCAAAACCUACGGGGCACCGGGUGCCGACGUUGCCGGCGCUGAUUCAGCAGCCGAGGAUUCCUCUGAGGUCCUCCCCCAGGCUCUGCACCUCUCUGCCAGCAACGAGCCCACCUUCUUCUUGUACGCGGAGCAGCUGGCUCGCAAGGAGGUGGAAAUCGCAGCGCUGAGGAAGCAGAAGCACAAGCUGGAGAUGGAAGUGCACCAGCUGCAGGAGAAAGUCCUGGCUGAGGGGGAGAAGCACCGGGAAGAGGUGACGGCGCUUCAGAACGAGAUCCAGAAGAACUUCAGAGACAAGAGCAGGGAGGGGGCCAACCUGGAGUACCUCAAGAACAUCGUCUACAGGUUCCUGACGCUGCCGGACUCUCUCGGGCGCCAGCAGACUCUAACUGCCAUACUGACCAUUCUGCAUUUCAGCCCAGAAGAGAAGCAAACGAUCAGGAAACAGUCGGCUUACAGCAGCUGGUGGCCCUCUGGGAAGAGAUGAGGUGGUCGGUGCUACCCCCACCAGCUCUUGCCCAGUAACACGCUUCUGAUUCCCAGUUAGGACCGGGGCAGCCUCUUCCCAGCUGUGCGAAGGAGCAGGGAGCUUCCAGCAAAGACCUGGGCUUAGCUGGUGCUGUUAGCACUGGUUUAAACAAAUUGUGCCAACUGCUCUGGUGGGAUCACAGUGCUCUCUGCUGUGAGGAUUUGCUCUGAGGUGGAAUUUGACUU